AUGGCGGCGCUCGGUACAGCACGGUGUAUUUUUCGAAGCUUCUCCUGGUCGACUAACGUACAAAAACAGAAUCGUUUUUUAACGAAAUGUGGUGUUAGGUGGCUUUGUGCUGCGACUCCAAGCACAGGUGAUCCCAAGCCGCAGUUCACGGAUCCAGACGUGCAAGAGAUCCUCACCAGGAUAACUGGCCUCGACCUGCAAAAAGUGUUCCGUCCCAAAAAGCAGGAACUGAAGCCACCCACCUAUAAACUCAUGACGGAUGAGCAACUGAAGCAGGCAGUGGAGUUGGCCAAAGAGGAAGCGAGGAAACUUCUCCGGAUGCCUCCUGUCCUGCCAGAGAGAAAGCCCAUUGACAACGUUCUGUCGGAAGACAAGAUCCUGGAUGGCAUGGACACAGCCAAAUACGUUUUCACGGAUAUCACUUAUGACAUCCCUCAUAGGGAGCGCUUCAUUGUCGUCAGGGAGACCGACGGGACUCUUCGAAAAGCUACCUGGGACGAAAGAGACCGGCUCAUUCAGGUCUACUUCCCCAAAGACGGCCGCAAACUCACUGUGCCGCUGAUAUUUAGGGAGGAAAACCUCAAGGUAGUGUUUUCUGAGGACCGUCACGAGGACGUGCUGGACUUGUGCCUGGUCCAGUUUGAGCCGGACUCUGCAGAAUACAUCAGGGUUCAUGCGACCACGUACGAAGACUUGGACAGACACGGAAAAUACCACCUGCUGCGGUCCACCAGGCAUUUUGGAGGAAUGACGUGGUACCUGGUACAUGCUCGGAGGGUGGAUGGUCUCUUGGUGGACAUGCUGAAGAGAGAACUGCUGGAGGAUGCGGUGAGUCUAGCGUCGCUGUUCAACAUGGUCCAUCCUCAGAGUGAGUCAGCUCAGGAAGCUGCUCGCCUGCAGGCCACUGGCACUGACCUGCUGAAGAUCUACGCUCAGAAGGAGUCGCAGAGGUCAAGCUACAUCGAGCUGGCACUUCAGGCGUUUGAGCAGGCUGCAGACAAGCACUCGGCGGCGUGAUGGGUUCCACCAGGACAUGGACCUGACCUUCACCUGGCCGUGUAAAACAUUCACAUGAUGUAUAUAAAGAUGACUUUGUAUUGGUGACUAUCAUUAA